UAUGGUUGUUGAGUGCGAAAAGGGGAGUGUGUGAUCAGAGAGGCAGGGGCCACCGCUGCAACUAGUCCCUUCAACUUUAAACGGCAAAGACUCGGACGAAGUAACGGGAUUUUAUUGCACUUAUUAUUUUAUUUUUUAUUACAGUAACAAAAGACAACUGGAUUGCGAGGUAGAUCGCAUAAGAAGGGACAUUUAGGAGGGAGUGUGCCUUUAGAACUAGUGUAGUUUGUAUAGGCUAGCCCGUUAAUAAGAGUUUGCUGGUUAUUUGUUUUGCGGGGGCGCCGGACAGUAAUUUGUUGAACUAUGGCGCUCAAGGCGAGGGCUUUAUACGAGUUCAAUUCCGAAAACACAGGGGAGAUAUCAUUAACGGAACAUGAAAUAGUGAGCUUGUACAGCGAACAGGACAUUGAAGGCUGGCUAGAAGGAUCCAACAGCAAAGGCGAGAGAGGUCUCUUCCCCGCGUCCUACGUCGAGAUCCUAAAUAACGAUACCGCGUCCACGUUUAAUAAUAACAGCACAUCAGAGGAUACUUACCGGGGAUCCCGAUACGCCAAUAUUCCAACCGGAGGUUUCGGGGACGCCUCGAAUAAAACAUUAAAUCAAAUUGAAAACUUGUCCAAAACAUCAAUAAUAUCGUCUGGGUUUACAGCGUCCUCGCCGCUUGCCCCAGCGCAGCAGCAGCAGCACGGUUACCAAGCCAGCCAGGGCAGCGAUGAAGACUGGGAUGAAGACUGGGAUGACACCUCUACAGUGGCUGACGAGCCCGGGGUUGUUGGUGGUAGUCACCAAGGGGACUUUGAUGGCAAUGGAUCGUCUACAUAUAGCGUGUCAACAUCUUCUAUGUCCAGAAGUGGCAACGCUCAACAAGCCAAGAGCUCUGCCACGGUCAGUAGAAACCUCAAUAGGUUUUCAACAUUUGUGAAAUCAGGAGGGGAAGCGUUCGUGUUAGGUGAGGCAGCUGGGUUUGUGAAAGAUGGGGAUAAGAUCUGUGUUGUAACGGGACAAUACGGUCCAGAAUGGCAGGAAAACCCAUACCCAUUCUCCUGUACCAUAGACGACCCCACCAAGCAGACCAAGUUCAAAGGGAUGAAGAGUUACAUUGCCUACAAGCUGACGCCCACCCACACACAGACCCAGGUAAACAGGAGGUAUAAACACUUUGACUGGCUCUACGCCAGGCUGGUGGAGAAGUUCCCUGUCAUCUCGGUGCCCCACAUCCCAGAGAAACAGGCCACGGGGCGGUUUGAGGAGGACUUCAUCUCUAAAAGGAGGAAAGGGUUGAUAUGGUGGAUGAAUCACAUGACUAGUCACCCGGUCCUGUCCAGAUGUGAUGUGUUCCAGCACUUCCUCUCCUGCAACAGCAUGGACCAGAAGUCAUGGAAGCAGGGGAAGAGGAAGGCAGAGAAGGACGAGAUGGUGGGGGCUAACUUCUUCCUCACUAUCUCCACGCCCUCCGGACCCCCCCUGGACCUGGUCGAGGUCGAGUCCAAGAUCGAUGGCUUCAAAGCUUUCACUAAGAAAAUGGACGACAGCGUCGUCCAAGUCAACGCCACCACCAACGAGUUCGCCCGGAAACAGAUCACGGGGUUUAAGAAGGAGUACCAAAAAGUGGGCCAGGCGUUUAAUGUCCUAGGACAGGCGUUUGAGCAGGACCAGCAGGCAUACUCGGUGGGGUUGAACCAGGCCAUAGCGUAUACAGGAGAGGCAUACGAUGCUAUCGGAGACUACUUUGCAGAGCAGCCAAGACAUGAUGUGGACCCUUUAAUGGAUUUGUUACAGCUGUACCAGGGACAUCUGGCUAACUACCCUGACAUCAUCCACGUACAGAAAGGAGCACUUAACAAGGUGAAGGAGUCCCAGAAGCACGUUGAGGAAGGCAAGAUGGACGCUCGUCAGGCGGACGGAGUCAACGAGCGCUGUAACAUCAUCUCCUUCGCCACGCUGGCAGAGAUGCAGCACUUCCACCAGGUCCGGGUGAGGGACUUCAAGGCCCAGAUGCAGCAGUAUCUAACCGAGCAGAUUGGCUUCUUCCAGAAGAUCACCGGAAAGCUGGAGGAGGCCCUGCAGAAGUAUGACAACGCUUAGAGGAGAGAGGGGUGGGAGGGACACCCCUGAUUGGUUUAGAUCUGAUCAGGCACUUUCUGAUUGGUCCAGAUCUCAGAUCCGGCCCUCCUAAUAGGUCUAGAUGGUUCCAGAUCUGACCCUUGACCUUGCUUAUUCAGACAAUCAUCGACAUUACAGUCAACUGCCUGACAGCAAUACAAUCCACUGUGAGAAAAAGACAGAGAUACCGGGAUCGUUUCCUGAAGCCUGGAAGUUGAUUCCAUGUUUGGUGGAUACUGUUGAAGGGAGUUGAGUUGACAGUUUUUUGUUUUUAACAGGGUUGGUAUAGUAGGUCAGAGCGUCAAACAUGAGAUUGAGUAGCUGUCAUUAGCAAAGGGUGGCUACUUUGAAGAAUCUCAAAUAUAAAUUAUAUUUUGAUUUGUUUAACACUUUUUUUGGUUACUACAUGAUUCCAUGUGUGUUAUUUCAUAGUUUUAAUAUCUUCACUAUUAUUCUACAAUGUAGAACAUUGCAACAACAAAAAAUAAAGAAAAAGUCCUU